UUUGAUACAUCCAAUGAAGAGCGAUCACUUACGUUUGAAAUUGUCCAAUCAGAUUCUUCUCGGUUGAUUUAAAAGUGAAUUUUGGUCUGUUUCAAAGAACUUUUGUUUAUGUGGAACAAAAAUAAUGUCUAGCUGCAAAAAGAAUGGUCCCGAUGGCAAAGAUGAAUCCACUUGCGUGAAAGUGGUGGUUAGAGUUCGUCCGGCGUUAGAGUCGGGGAUUAAUGAUCGCAAAAUUAUCAGAACGGUGGAUUCCAAAAUGCUGAUCUUCGAUCCAAAGGAGGAAAUAGAGUUUUACUUUCAAGGGCAGAAGCAUUCCGCGCGUGAUUUCAGUAGGAGACCCAAUAAAGAUACGAAAUUCAUCUUCGAUCAUGUAUUUGGCGAAGAUUCGACAAAUGAAGAAGUGUUUGAAUGUACUACUAAAAAUAUGAUUAAUGAAUUGUUAAAUGGAAUAAAUUGCUCUGUGUUUGCAUAUGGUGCAACUGGUGCAGGAAAAACAUUUACUAUGUUAGGAUCAUCAUUUAAACCUGGAAUAGUAUUUAUGACUGUUAUGGAAUUAUAUAACAGAAUUGAAGAAAUAAAGGAUGAUCAGAUUUUUACAAUAAAAGUCUCUUAUUUAGAGGUUUACAAUGAAACUGUCAGAGAUUUAUUGAAUCCAUCAAAUCAAUUGAUAGUUAGAGAAGACCCACAAAGGGGUGUUGUAGUUAGUGGUCUCUCCUAUCACCAGCCAACAGGAGCUGGUCAUCUCUUAAAUUUACUUCAACAAGGAAACUGUAAUAGAACUCAACAUCCAACUGAUGCAAAUUCAGAAUCAUCACGAUCACAUGCAGUGUUUCAGGUAUAUGUGCAACAAAAAGAACACACCAAAGAUUUAUCUUCUGUAGUUCGAAUUGCAAAAAUGAGUUUAGUGGACUUGGCUGGAUCAGAAAAGGCAAGGGUAGCUUUAGGUGCAGCAGCAAGACUUAGAGAAGGAGCAAAUAUUAAUAGAUCUUUAUUAGCACUUGGAAGUUGCAUUAAUGCUCUUGCUGAUAGAAAGCAGAAUAAAAAUCAUAUUCCUUAUAGAAAUAGUAAACUUACAAGGAUAUUAAAAGAUUCUCUUGGUGGUAACUGCAAAACUGUGAUGAUUGCUGCUAUAAGCUCUACAACUGAGAGUUAUGAUGAUACCUAUAAUACUCUGAAGUAUGCGGAUAGAGCCAAAAAUAUUAAAUUAAAUCUGAAACAAAAUAUAAUGAGUGUAGAUAAUCACAUUUCAAGAUAUGUGAAAAUUAUAGAAGAUUUAAGAGAUGAGAUAACAAGACUGAAAGAAAAACUUCAGACAUAUGAUGAUAAGUUAAAUCAAGGAGAAAUUCAAGCAGUUUCUACAUCAGAAAUGGAUAAAUGGAAAGAAAAAAUUGAAAAUAUAUUUAACAAACGUAUUAAACUCAGGAAAAGUAUUUUAGAAUACAUUGCUUUAUUACAUCAAUUACAGGCUAAAAUGCAUUGGAAAAUGAUUGGAAUGGAAAGACUAGCAUUGUUAUCUUUUGAUGAUAAUAAUUUGAAUAGGAGUUGCACAAAGAUUGAUACUUCACUGCGAUCCUUGCAGAAUAAACAAAAUCAUAUUAGAACUAAAAAAUUAGAAUUAGAUCAUGAAUGGGAAGUAAAUACUAAAGCUCUUGAUGAUCUGGAAAAAGAAGUGAUGAAGAUAUCUAAUAAUAAAGAAAUGUUUCAGAAAGUCUCUGAUUAUAUAAAACAUUAUCAUCAUCAAUUGAGGAAUGAAGAACUUACUCAACAAGAAAAACAUUCUAAGGAGCUUAUUUUGCUUCAAGAAAGUGAAUCUACAAAAUGCCACAGGUUAUUAAACAAACUUCUAAAUCUUCUUCAUCACGAACAUUUGCUAUUGAAUAGUCAUGGUUUUGCAACAUCUGAGUUACAAGUUGAGUAUGAUACUGUAAUACGAGCUACCACGGGAAUCAAAGGAGUUGCUUGGGCAGAUCAAGAUGAUGAUAGUGAUGAAUUCAAAUUAGAAAAUAUAAUAGAUAUAAUCAAUCCAUCAGAAAAUGCAUUAAAACCAUUAUCUCUUCCAAAAGAAAUGAAUAUGAAUUUUACUUAUGUCAACAAAUAUUCAUCAGCAUUGAAAAGACUUCGAGAGGAUGAUGAAUCUGAAACAAGAUCUGAAAGGCAUGCCAAGCGUUCACUAAAUCAAACAUUUAAUGCAGAAAUUGUUUCUGAAUUGGCUUCUGCACUUCCCUCAACUCCUUUGUCAAAAGUAAAUGAAACUUUUACAGCAAUCUCACCUUAUGCAACAUGCAGUCAGAAUCAAACAUUUAAUGCAUCACCUGCAAUGUAUCUAAAUUGUACUUUUACACCUCAGAAUGUUCAAAAUUUAAGUUUUUCUGCUAAAAUUUCACCAUGUACGUCUUGUCAAAAACCAGAACAAAGACAAGUGCUGGAAGAUUUGCAAAAUACACCAGACAGAAUUCCCAGAUUUCCUAGUGCACAGAAAUCUAAAGGAAAUGUUAGGGUUUUAUCUAAUUCUUUACAUAAACAACAAAACAGAAAUAUUUCCAUGAAGUCAAACUCUAACAAACAAGUAUCAACAGGAUUUCCAAUUUUGGAUAAAGUUUAUCAAAACAAUUUGAAAGUCGAUUUAGGUAUGUUAAGAAAAUCUCACUUUGCAAAUUCGAGAACAGAGAGACAUCGGAAGUCAGCUACCGAAAACUGUAGCAAGCUUUCUCAAAAUAAAAGAACACCGCUUAAUUCUAGGCUGAAGUUACAAAGGAUAAAUUCAGCUCAGAAGAAAGCUUUGAAAAAGAAUCCUGUUUGGAAGUAGUGAAAAACCUUAUAGAAUAUUAAUACUCUUUAUAAAUUAUGUGAAGUUUUUGAUGUAUAAUGUGGCGUUUUAAAAAUUUAUAUAUAUAUGUAAUUAUCUUUAUGCCAUGGUGCCCAUGCCCUGGUUUGGCUUUCCAUGAUCUCAACGUGUUUAUACAUGUAGAAAUAUUUUGAUACAGAAUGAUUGUAUGCAUUUUUUUGUAAACUUUAGUGUAUCUUAGAUAAUUGUAUAAAGGUUUAUACAAAUAAAAUAAUUGUAAUCAUUCAGGCAUGAAAAAAUCGAAAAUUUU